AUGGGCUGUUCUAAUUCCACCCAGACGGGUGAGGAGCCCGAUGCCGACCGAAUCGUGGCCAAACCACUAGACCGCUAUCAGAACAGUAGGCUCGUUACAAUCACCAUCCUUCCACCAGAUUUCGAUCUAGAAACACUCGAAACUACUCCACAAACGAGAGCUCCUCUGGCGAAUAAGCGGGCUUCAACAGCGGAUACGGGCGUUUCCCCAAACGUAUUUGCUGAGGAUGAACUGGAGUUCGAUGUUGCAAUGAUGGAAAUAGCAAGCGAUGUAUUCGCGGCGCAUCUUGGAAAUCCGGAUUUUGCCGCGAUAUACGAUGCUCCCGGCAUGUUUGAGGAGGAAAAGGAGUUCGAUCUUGCAAUGAUGGAACUGAGUAACGAAAUAUUUAUGGGACAAUAUGGGAACCAAGAUUUUGUUGCGGUAGUCUAUGAGCCAGAAACUGUCCGUGAGGUCAAGGUUGUUGUUGUUGAGGAGUGCUCUAUUUGUUGCCAGUCUGUUUCCGAGAACGUUAUCUUGUCUUCCCCGUGCACGUCAUGUACCUCUCGUACCUGCAACCAUUGCAUUCGGAAAAUGUUCAUCUCUGCCUGCGGUGAUGAGUCACGGAUGCCACCACGUUGUUGCGGCCCUCUAAAUAUUGGCGCGGCUGUUCCAGUUCUUACUGCAGAAGAAUUAGAGCUGUUCAAAUACAAACACGAGGAAUGGUCGACUGCCAACCGCGUCUACUGCCCUGUUCUCACAUGCUCUGCCUUCAUUCCUUAUAGACUUUUCCCCCUGGAGUUCCGUCCUAAUUCUACAAAGCUGGCGGAGCUUAAAUUAGAGACCCCCUCAGUGUCCCUCGGCCCAACACAACUACAAACUCCAUCACCAACAGCUCCAACUUCGACUUCACUGCCACAUCCAGAGCUUGCAUCAAUCCCAUGCCCAGGCUGUUCUAUUGAAAUCUGUUGCAAGUGCAAACAACUCGCGCACAAAGGCGCGCAGUGCUGUGAAGGUGCAGACGAGCUCGAUCCCGAACUAGCCGCGCUUCUGAAACAAUGGAAAAUCAAACGAUGCCCUAAAUGCCGUGGCGCAGUGCGAUUAAUGUUCGGCUGCAACCAUGUAGCCUGCAGGUGUGGUGAUCAAUGGUGCUGGAAUUGUACAUUGCCUAUCGAAGUGUGCCAGCGAAAUGGCUGCUUUUACGAUGGGACUGAUUACGGGGAAGAAGAUGAUGAUGAUGACGAUGAUUCCGACUGGGACGAAGAAGACAACGGCAACGAGAAUGAAAUUGGAAAUGACGAGAGGCCCAAUCAAACAACUCCAAGGGUCCGAGACCUAGAUCGCGGCGGAAGAAGUCGUUGGGAUGACGGAGAUUAUGAGUUUGGCGAGGAGCCCGUUAUACAUCACUAUGACCCUAUUGAUUGCUACCACAUCUGGACCAAAGCUACCACCGAUGAUGUGAACCAGAGCCUAAACUAUGCUUGUGAAAGAUGCUGGCGUGAUAUCUCACCCUGGUCCUUUUUAUAUCCCGAAGCGGCAGAAUUGGUGGAGUACGGGUUCAUUUCCGAAAAGUCUACUAGGGAUGAGGAAAGCCAGGAAACAAAACUGAAGCUUUUCAAGUGCAACCGAUGUUCCAUCAUGCUCUGCAAUGACUGCCAGGCCGAGGACACAUUGGACAAGAUUGCCACGAGGCGAUGGGAAUCGACCUGA